AGUAGAACUUUUUUUUUAACAUUUUUUUUUACAAUGGAGAACAAAGACACCGACGAUGUUCCUGGCUUCAGUGGCAUGAGGAAUUCGUGGAGUCUGGAGGCUAUCGAGGCGUCCGUGGACAAGCAAAUGGCCAAACUAACGUCGUUACCAGCUGAUGAAAGUGACUGGAGUGUUGCAAACUACGAAAGUGACGAGGAAGAUAACACAAACGACUACGAGACAACAACGACCGAUGGAUUUGCGAGUCAUCAGCCGCAGUAUCGACAGAUUUUAGUGGCCAAGAAGUUGAAGCUCUUGGAGAAGCAGUUGCAACAUCGAGACAGAAUGCUGCAAAAGCUCCAAACUACACACACACAAGCUCAAACUACAAUUGCUAACUUGCAGAAUGAGCUACAACAAGCACAACAAGAGCUUGUUUCCGCUCAAGAGGACUGGGAAGAGGAGAAAGAGACCAUUCUACGCUUUCGAGGAGCUGUAGGCGGCGGCAACAAUGCUAUGAUGCAAAUUAAGCUUGGACUUAGCGGUGGUGGAGGACGGUCAAGAUUGACAGAGAUCGAGGCUCAACGACAGCGUGAAAUGCGACAACAAAUGCUGAACGGAGCCGCUGACGUUCAAGAGAUGCUGGAGGCGGAUCUUGGCGAUGGAAACGAUCGAGCUGCGGUGAAAGGGAUUCGAUUGAAAUGGAAAAAAUUACGGUUGUUUAUCAGAAGAAAAUUGUAUCCUUUCACGACAGAUAUUCGGCAGAUUGAGGCCCAGUUUGGCUCCUCGGUGGCUUCGUACUUUCGUUUUUUCGGAUGGAUCAUUAUGACCUUCAUGGUCAUGUCGAUCCCAUGUUUCGUGUUCCUCGUGCUGCAUAUUUUGUAUCUUAUCCACCAGCCGUCAACCACGGACUGGCUGACGUUCUCUGGUGUCUUUCCGACAUUUCUCCAGCUCCCUGGAUAUUUUCCGGAUGAAGCAUUCGUAUACACGGUUGUUCUCAUCUGGAUGGAGGGUUUGUUGCUGCUUUUUACUCUUCGCAAAUGGGUAGCUGAGGAUCGAAUGUCCAAGACAGUUCAAGCUGUCGAAAAUACCAGUGAAAAGCCCAAGUACAGCCGGAUUUUACUGAAUGCGUGGGAUUUUUCGCUGACUACGCAAAACCAAGCCAGCGACCUCAAAAAGACUAUAGCAGAACAAGUACAACUAGCUAUGGAGGAGGAGAAGCGCGCAGAGACCAUCAAGUCACGAACCAAAAAGCAAAGGUACAUUUUGUACGCCCGACGAUUCGUUGCUUUCGUCUUCUACGUGGCGAUCCAAGCUGCGAGUUGGUACCUGAUCAUCUUGUUGACAACGCAGUCUUCCCAGAUUCAACUGCAGAUUGCUGAAAAGGCUGCGAUUUUUGCUCCUUAUGCCAGCAGCAUUGUUCCUGCCGUGGUGACAGUGAUUAAUGCGAUUCUCCCGAAGCUGAUUUCGCUGCUGACUGCACUCGAAAAAUGGGACGACGUGGGUUUUGCCAUCAAAGCAAUGGUGACUCGCUUAUAUCUGGCCAAGAUCUUAAAUGUUCUGAUUCAGAUGUUCUCGUUUGCUCUGCUUCUGGACCCGUUCCUGCUCACUUCGACCCAAAAGAUUCUGGAUUUGUUCACAUUCGAGGGAUCUACUGUCCGCGAGAAUGUGAUGUUGGAGUUCAAAUCUGAAGUUUAUACUUGUCGCGCUGAGCAGGUGUCGGCAGGCCUGUUAACACUCGUGGUGACAGACUUCAGCGUCAGUAAAGCAAUGGCGAUAUCGUCCCCUUUCGUAGGUGUUGUCAUUAAAUUCUUAAAACGAAUAUGGCAACGUCGACGCGAGAAGCGGAAACAGAAGAAAGUGAAAAUUAGCUCUAAGGUUUUACCUGAAGAUAUGGGGAUGUCGGAGGAGGUUGCAAACGAAAUAUCAGGACAGCAUGACCCGGAUAAGUUCCGAAUUUCCACUAAAGACGCCGAAGUUAUCCUGACACCAGCUUCCGAGAAUUUGGUAACAAAGUCCGAAUUUCUUGUUCCACAAAAGAUGGUUGCAUUGCUGUAUUCGUGCACGAUUGCGUUGGUGGCUAUACCCCUCGCUCCAACAACAGCGCUACUAGCUCUUUUGCUGCACAUAGCCAACUUCAAGUUUGACAAAUUCAUCCUCAUGCAUUUGCAGAGGAAGCCUGCGAAUCCGUGGGGUGCCAAAGAUGCCGACAGCUUCUUCAUCAAGUUUUACUUCUGCACUGUACUCAUAUUCCUCAGUUUUACCCAUUUCUUCCUGUUCAAUACGCGGCUUCCCAAGCAAUGUGAUAUUCAAGACACCAGUGACAACGAGCUAUGCCUGCCAAACACCUACAACGCUGCUAAAAAAAACUGUACAAUCGAUCCAACUCGCUCAUCGAGUUUGUACUUCCUAAAUGGUCCUGAAUGUUCAACUGGUUAUCCUCGCUGCAUCUGCGAAUACUCUUGUGGCCCGUUUGUAGAAGUGGAGAAGGGGUACACUCCUCUCUUGAGCUAUAUUACUUCUUCCAGUGUUGCAUCGGCGUUCUACUCAUUGAUACUUGACAACAAUUUCGUGCCGUGGGCACUUCUGUUCAUGUUCUUGCUUGCCAUUUUCUUCCUUCGGAACUCACUCACCGUUUACAUCAUGACAACGUUGCAGCGCGAACAGGAUGUUGCGCUUACCUAUUCAUCGCUAAAAAGGAAGAUCAAGCAACUUGAGAACCGCUUGCGUCUUCAAAAGAUGGGAGGAACACGACCAAAUGAGCUUGAUGGAGCUGAAAACGUAAAAUCGUAAAAAAAAUAUUGCAUGUACAUUUACAAG